UUCAGACCGUUUACAUGCCCUCCACUCGGGAUGCGGCGAAGGCUUUUAUCUGACAAUUUAUUUUCUUGGCAUCAGAAUUGACCGCAACCGACUUUAAAUACCGACGCGCAAUCUUCUUCCCCGCUUUUGUUUUUUUCCCAUGCGAUUAGGUCGUCCCUCCCGGCAGAGCUCACGCAUUCCAACUCCGCCAUUAAAAAAUUCACUAAAGACCAAGGGAAUGCGAACGAAUAAUCUUCUGCUGGAGUAGGGGUUGGAGGUGCAGGAACCUGGGAUGGAGAGCCAAAGGGUCGUGGUGGUGGUAGAGGAGGCUGAUGCAGCUCGCACCGCUCUCGAAUGGGCGGUCCGGAACUUUAUCAGGUCGGUCGAUUCGCUAACCCUUCUUCAUGUCUACCCCGCCACAAAGUCCAGAGUGAAGCGGCGCCGGCUCCGCCUUAGGGGAUUCCAGCUCGCCCUAUCCUUUAAGGAUCUCUGCAAUGGGAUCGCCGAGGCUAAGGUGGAGAUCAUAGUGAUGGAAGGAGAUAAGGGCGCGGCCGUGGUUUCGUUCGUGAGCAAGAUCGGUGCAUCCACUCUUAUCGUUGGGCUCCAUAAUCAAAGCUUUCUUUACAAAAGAAACAUUCCAAACCUCGGCACGAGAAUUCUCAACUGUAGAAUUCUUGCGAUUAAGCAGCACUCGUCAACUCACUAUGGAUUAGUAAAUACCGAAUUCUCUCAGAUUGAGAUCACAAGGCUUCGCAUGCCACAGCCGAAAACUUGUUUUCUAAUCUUCCUUUCUCCUCUCGGAAGGAUGUUGAAGAGAUCCAGAAGUAAUUAGAGGAUCAAAAAAGGAGGUUUUGAUUGUUUUUUAACAGUGAACAGGAAUUGAAUCUGCAGAUAAAACAAACAGAAAUGCCACAGUUCGGUAAAUUGCAUUUACCAAUUUCAUUACAGAUGUUUUAUUCACUCAUUUUUGUACAUGAUAUAAUAAAUUUUAAUAAUUUAUUCUAUGCUUUC